GAAGAAGACAACAUGAGCCAAACAGACACACUGGUGUCAUGUUGUAGAAGAUAUUACCAGAUAUUUCUUUAUUAACUAACCAUAAACUUCGCUUUUUUUGUCCUGCUGUGUCGGUGUCUCUUCAGAUAUUCCACGUGAAAGAUGGCAUUGGAAAAAUUUGUGUCCACAACACUUGAGCUUCUACAGGAGGAGCGAGAGGCUGAAAUAGAGGAGACCAGAAUAUGGCAGGAGAGCAUUUCUCUGAAGGAUCUUGAAAAUAAAGGAGUUUGCCUGCUGAAACUGCAGAUAGGAAGUCAGUCUACCGGCCUGUACGGUCGCACAGUCAUCAUUCUAGAGCCAAGAAAGCAUCUCGGUUUCUCUUCUCUGCCGAGCAACAACUUUGGACCUGGUGAUAUAGUUGGUUUGUAUGACACAUCUGGAUGCAGUACAGCCUCGCAGAUCUGUACAGGGAUAGUGACAAGGGUCAGUCAAGCAUCUGUAAGUGUGGCCUUCGAUGACUUGAAGGAUGGCCUCAGUUUUGAUACAGAUGGUCUUUACAACCUCCUGAAGUUAGCAAAUGAUGUCACCUACAAACGCAUGAAAAAUGCCUUGAAUGCACUAAAUGGAUACAGCAAUGGACCAGCUGGCAACCUGGUAAAUGUUCUCUUCGGAGAUUCAAAACCUUCUUCUCAAUCACAGCCAAAUGAGGUUGAAUUCUUUAACUCAAACUUGGAUGAUUCCCAAAGAGAAGCUGUGUCCUUUGCUCUGUCUCAGAGAGAACUGGCUGUGAUUCAUGGACCUCCAGGCACCGGAAAAACCACCACUGUGGUAGAGAUCAUCCUGCAAGCUGUCAAACAAGACCAAAAGGUCCUCUGCUGUGCCCCCUCAAAUGUGGCUGUGGAUAAUUUAGUGGAGAGGUUAGCCCGCUGCAAGGCCAAGGUCCUGAGGCUGGGUCACCCUGCCAGGCUGCUGGAGUCUAUACAGAAGCAUUCGCUGGAUGCCAUCCUCGCCCAGAGUGACAGUGCAAACAUCAUCGCUGACAUCCGUAAAGACAUCGAUAAAGCUUUUAUGGGAAUGAAGAAGAUGCAGCAAAAAGGAGAGCGGGUGAACUUCAAACGAGAAAUAGGGGAGCUGAGAAAAGAGCUGAAAACCAGAGAAGCAACCGCCAUCGCCCAGAUCCUUAAGAGUGCUGAUGUUGUGUUAUCAACCAACACAGGUGCUUGUGAUGACGGCCCUCUGAAGUUCCUGCCAGCAGAGCAUUUUGAUUGGGUGGUGAUAGAUGAGUGUGCUCAGGCCCUGGAGAGCAGCUGCUGGAUCGCCCUGCUUAAAGCACGCAAGUGCAUUCUGACUGGAGAUUACAAGCAGUUACCACCUACUAUCAAGUCACAAAAGGCUGCAUCAAAAGGCUUGUCUCUGAGUCUUAUGGAAAGACUUAUCCAGAUGUACGGAGACUCUGUGGUCCGAAUGCUAACAGUUCAAUACCGCAUGAACAGCGCCAUCAUGGACUGGGCCUCCAAAGAGAUGUACCAGGGACGACUAGUCGCUCACAGCUCUGUAGAGAGACAUUUAUUAAAAGAUCUAGCAGGAGUCACCAGUGUCGAAGAGACCAGUGUGCCGCUUCUUCUUAUCGACACAGCUGGGUGUGGUCUCAGUGAAAUGGAGGUCACAGAUGAGCAGUCCAAAGGCAACCAAGGCGAGGUCGACAUUGUUGAACUGCACAUAAAAGCACUGACUGAAGCUGGGGUCAAAGCCAAAGACAUUGCUGUUAUUGCUCCAUACAACCUACAAGUUGAUCUUCUGCGUCAGAAACUUUCUGCGAGGCAUCCAGAGCUGGAGAUAAAGUCAGUGGAUGGAUUUCAGGGCAGAGAAAAAGAAGCUGUUGUCCUGUCGUUAGUCCGGUCCAACAGAAAAGGUGAGGUCGGGUUUCUGGCAGAGGACCGAAGGAUAAACGUUGCUGUAACACGUGCAAGACGCCACGUCACUGUCGUGUGCGACACACAGACCGUCCAGAAUCACGCUUUUCUGAAAUCCCUGAUCGAUCACAUGACUGAGUUUGGCGAAGUCAGAACAGCUUUCGAGUACAUUCAAGAUAUCGUGCCACAGAACUACACUCGCGACCACAAAGAAACAAAGACUGCAUCUGACAGCACCUCCACAUCUACCAAACAGAAAGUCAAAGACAAGCCUUCCAGUAAGGCGAAGCCGGGACAGAAGAAACCCACUGGUAGCAGCAGUAAGGAAAAUACUGCUGGUGAGAAGCACACAAAACCCUGCACAUCAUCACAGACAGAACAAGAGCAGAACAAGAGCAGAUAUAAUGAGAUCAGACAGCAGGUGGAGAGCUUCAUGAAGGACCUAAACCAGAGGGAGCUACAGUUUCCGUCAUCAUUUAACUCUCAUGACCGCCUGCUGGUCCAUCAGAUCGCUGAGGAGUUGGGCCUCGUCCAUGAGAGCAAAGGAGAGGGCAGCGGCAGAUGUAUCACAGUCUCCAGGAGUCACCUGGAAUCAACACCAGCUGAGGAACCGACGCCUAAAGAAGAAGCCCAGGAAGAAGAAAAAGUCCCAAAUCCUCAAAGCGAGCCGUCAUGUCCACCUGCAUUAGACCUGAAAAGUUUACAUUUGGAGAGAAUGAAGAGGGAGCAGCAGAAAAGGGAAGAAAACGCUCAACAAAAAAAGCAACAGAACCACAAUCCUCCAGCUCAAGGCCAGUCGUCCAAGAAAGCCAAAGGAAAGAACCGUACGAAGGCUGGAGCCUGCGACAUCGCUGCUGCCGCUGCUCCAGACGAUGACUUUGACACACUGAUCAGCGCCGUCAUGAAGGCUGACAGCGUUUGUAGCUUUGUCAAGUGUAAAGCGUCCGUGCUGACACUUGGACAGCUUUGCCUGUUCUGCAACAGGCAGUACUGCCUCAGUCAUCAUAUACCAGAGGUUCACGGCUGUGGAGAUAAAGCCAAAUCUCACGCUCGGAUGAGAAUUAGCAAAGAGGGCGUUCUUUAUGCCGGGAGUGGGAAGAAAGACAAAUCCAUGGACCCUAAUAAGAAAGCAUAUCUGCAAAGAAAACUGGACUCUAAACUGAAAGAUAUGGCAUCACAGAGGAAACAAAAAAACAAGGAGGACAGUUAAUGCCACAAAAUCAACUCUAUGAUUUAAAAAGUCUCUUUGAUUAAACAGUUGACACUUAAAAUGUUUGAUUAAAUGUGAUCUUCUGACACGCA